AUGGAAAAAGGCUGGUGUCUGACCCUCGAUAACUCCGAUCAAGUCGUGUUUUCCGGCAGCAAAACUCCGUUCGGACUCGACCACCGGAACAAGGGCUUCGUCGUCAUGCCUCCGGCGAACGAUGGCGGCCGAGAGGAUCCACCCAACGCCGCUCCGCCUCCGCCGCCGCCGCUCUUCGGCGCGGUGGAUUUCUUCACGGAGAAGAACAAAAGGGCCGCCGACGAAACCAACGCCGUCGUCAAGAAGGAAGAGAACGUGCUGGCGGUGGCUGGUGAAUCUGAAGUCAACACCGGUUUACAACUCCUGACGGCGAGCGAGCAGUCAACGGUAGACGACGGGGUUUCAUCGGAUGCGGAGGAUAAGCGAGCGAAAAUCGAGUUAGUACAACUUCAAGUUGAGCUGGAGAAAAUGAAUGCCGAAAAUCAGAGGUUAAGAGGGAUGCUUGCACACGUCAGCAACAAUUACAACGCGCUUCAGAUGCAAUUAGGGACUUUAAUUCAGCAGCAACAAAAUUCAAGAAUCGAUAGUAAUAAUAAUAAUCAAUCGGUUGAAAGAAAAUCUGAGGAAAAAAAACUGGAGAACGAUGGACAAUUAGUUCCAAGACAGUUCUUGGAGAUGGCGCCACGUGUCGCCACCCGAUCGGCCGACGAGCAAUCUGAGUCCUUGUCCGAAGAAAGAACCCUUUCUGAGUCGCCUCAAGAAAGCCUCGAGAUAUCAAGGAACAAAAGGGCCGAAAAUCAAGAAUCGGAGGGUUGGGCUUCGAACAAGGCUCCGAAACUUAGUCCUUCUAAUACGGUCGAGCAAUCGACCAUGCGCAAAGCUCGUGUUUCUGUUCGGGCACGGUCGGAAGCUCCCAUGAUUUCGGAUGGAUGCCAAUGGAGAAAAUACGGGCAGAAGAUGGCUAAGGGGAACCCGUGCCCGCGAGCCUAUUAUCGUUGCACGAUGGCGGUCGGUUGUCCCGUGCGCAAACAAGUUCAAAGAUGUGCCGAUGACCGUACAAUCCUAAUCACAACCUACGAGGGGACCCACAACCACCCGUUGCCGCCUGCCGCCAUGGCCAUGGCGGCCACCACCUCGUCGGCCGCCAACAUGCUCCUCUCGGGCGCAAUGCCGAGUGCCGAUGGCCUGACGAACCCUAACUUCUUCGCUCGAACAAUCCUUCCUUGCUCGACCAACAUGGCCACGAUCUCGGCCUCCGCGCCGUUCCCCACGAUCACGCUUGACCUCACCCAAAACCCCAACCCGGCCCAAUUCCCAAGGCCCGGCCCACAAUUCCAUGUCCCUUUCCAACCGGCCCAUCCAGGCUUCGGCCCGGCCCAAGUUCCGCAGAUGUUGGGCCAAGCCAUUUAUAAUCAGUCCAAGUUCUCGGGCCUCCACCCACCGACGGUCCAACAGCCGGCAUUUGCUGACACGCUGGCGGCGGUUGCAGCCGACCCGAAGUUCACGGCAGCACUGGCGGCAGCGAUCUCCUCAAUCAUCGGCGGUAAUCCGGCAAACGGCAGCGAAGUAAAUAAUGUGGAUAAUCAGAAAUUAAACCAGUGA